AUGACGUAUGGAUGCGUGACGCAGCGCAAUGUGGAGCGUGCCAUGCUCGGCAUAACAUUGCACGACCGAGUCCAGAACGAGCUCAUUAGACGUCGCACGAAAGUGGUCGACGUGGGCGAAGUUAAAGUGGGCUUGGGCCGGACACAUGUGCUGAAGAAAAGACGAACGUUGGAGACCCCGGCUAGGCAGGAGAAGUCUGGUCAGACCACCAGCCCGAUGGUCCAA